AUGACCGACAACAAACGGCCAGCCUCCGCGCAAGGGGGCGACAACGAGCAGAAGCGAAUGAGACAAGACGAACCUCAUGCUACUCAUGGGCAACCAGGCUCAUACCAGGCUCAGAUCGAGGAGAAUGAUGUUCACAAGGCUAGUUCCGAUGAUAAGGAAUCAUCAGAUGCGUCGACCAAGGUGUCCAAUGAUGAAAAUUCAAGGAUGAUUACCAAGGAACAGUGGUUAGCCGGAUACCCGGUGUCGAAAACACAGCUUCCGGAAGGAAUGACGAUUAAUGAAGAUUUUCACGCUCCGAAAACGGUGGCUUUGAGCAAAUUGGACCUUGCGACCGCCGUCAAGAAAUGGCAGGAGGGGCACAAAAACCGUCCUCGAUAUGCGCAUUUGUUGAAAUUUGAGAAUUUGCAAAAUAACAAAAAGCUUAUGGCGGGGUAUCUUGGCUUCGAUACCUUGCCAGAGUUGUUACACUUUGCUGAUUUCAUAGUGCCUCAAACCAUUCACCCUUUGAUUGAAAUAUAUUCUCGACAUCAAUUCAAGGAUCUUGACAGGGAAGGCCCGUGGUUGAAGCCGCUGCUGAACAACGGCUCUGAAAGGUGCAUCAUUCUAAGACCUGAGGGAACCAAGGCGCUCAUCACCAAUCCAAAAGAGGUCCAGCUGAAGGACAUCGACACUAUUUUGACAUUGUUGUGCGCGGCAUAUAAACUCAUGACGGCAAACCCCAAGAGAUUCUGUCAGAAGUCAUCAGGAAACAGCGACGAGUUUACUUGGGACUUCCAUCAUGAAGAUUGGUUCCGCGCGUACGUCGCCAUUGUUUUCACCAAGAAUCGUCGAAGCAAGACAACAGAAGUCCCGGAGCAAGGGCCAAUGCGCUAUGUAGGUGUUCGCGGGAUAGCUGAAAAAUCGGAAAUAUACGGUUAUGCUACACUCGACGUGAUUUCAUCAACCCAGACUUUGGAAGAAGGAUACUAUUCCAGCGCUGCCGUGGAGAUUACGAAAGAGAUGGCCUUGUUGGAUCCCGAACACAACAAAGAAGCAAUGCAGAAACUAGAACAGCGUGCCUCGAAUGAACAAAUUGCGCGCGCUCUAGAUGCCAUCGACAGCAUCGGAAAGAAACCCCAAUCCACACGAGAGUCGCUUGUUGGAAAUGAUGACAGGAUCCUUGAGGAUAUUAUUUCUGAUGAGGUUGCCAAUACCCUACAUGCCACCGCCCCGGGUAUCGACCUCCACCGAACUUUGAUGUCUACUCUGUCAAAAGAACACCAGAGAGCGGAGAUGACUGAAAAGGAGCGCCAAUCGCUCAUCGACCUGCUUCGACAAACAUUACGUGAGUACAAGACAAUAUCGCCUCAUCCGAACUUAUCGCAAGGCGACCAAUAUCAGCUACAGACCAUAACCACGGCUGGCGAUGUCACUGGUCUUGCCGAUGAGAGCGGGACUAUGGGCAGCGACAAAGAUUUGGACUGCCAACUGGAUUCGCUCCGUGCUAUGAGAGAGCUGCUGGGCGAAAACAUUCCUGAAAAUCAGGACUUGGAGCAGAUUUGUGAAAGUCGAGGGAUUGAUCUCGCAACUUUGGAGGUAAACCCUCACAAUCCAAGUGUCACUGCAAAGCCCCCACAGAUUCCAGAUGCCCAUAGACUUGCAGAACUUCUCUCCGGCAAACUACGUUCUGCCAUGCUACUCAGCGACUGCGGCACCGGGAAAACCUUUGUUACCCUCUUGACUCUGAAAUUUCUGCUCGAUGACCGCAUACAGGCUCAUAAAAAAGGCGCUCUCGACCUCUUAGAUGGUGAUCGCGUGUUCAAGCCGAACAUCAUCUUCGUGCCCUCCGCCACUCUCAGCCAAUUUUUUUCCGAGGUCAAUUCUUGCUGGGCAGGCAUUUUUAACAUUUACUCUUUCUACCAGUCGCGCUCGAACUGCGCAAAUACUGAUCGAAAGAUUAAGACCAUUGAUACCCUCCAAGACCUCCAAAAAUAUGUCGAUCGAUGGGCCAAGCAGCAUCAAGAUCCAGAGACUGGUCGAGUCAUCCUCCUCACUGCAUACUCGACUGCGACCAGGCGUCUUCUUAAAAGACGCGCAGGCAAAAGCCUCACACGCGAUCAAAUGGAGCUACUAUCUUCUCAGGGAGACGCCAUCGAUUAUGACAGACAAGACGAGGAGAUAACAGAAAUUUUCGAGGAUCCACCAGAGUGCAAUGAUGGGGAGAAAGGAGCCCGACGGAUUGAUAAAUCGACAGUAGCAUACAUCAGAAGAAGCGAGAAAACCCUGACCAACGACAUGUGGAACGUUGUUGUUUGCGACGAAUGUCACCAAAUCAAAAACCCUGGGACCAGGGCCAACGAAUUAGUUCGCCAGCUUGACCGAGAAGCUUUGCUUCUCGUAUCGGCCACACCGUUGCCUAAUCACGUAAGAGAUAUCAGCGGCUAUUUGCGAGUACUUUGGGACCCAGCUUGGCCGUUUGGCUACCAACAGAAAGGUGACGCUACGAAUGCCAAUGCUUUCUUUGGAGAUUUAGUAUAUGAUAGCCUCUUUGACGAGUCCAUCAAACUUGAAGUUGGAGAGCCUCUGACACUGAAUCGUGUUCUCCAUGGCAGAGUCAAAACGACAUCCCAGCUAUCGCCAAGAGAACUCCGUCGAGCCAUGGAGUACAAGUCGUUUGUGGAAGAUCAGAAUGGUCCAGCGUAUCUUUUGAACCCCAAUCUCUUCAUGGAGUUCGCCAAGAACAAGGAGUAUGGGACAUGCGUCUCAACAUUAGCUGUUGGCCCAAUUCUUAAGCUCCUCUCAGUCCGACGAGGUAUGCUUACAAUGAUGACACUACCAAAUGGUGACGUAACGUUUAUGGGCAAGGGCAUCGCCGGAUUCAAAACAGAAACUGUGGAAUUGGAGCAUUCAGCAGAGGUCAAGGCUAAGCUCGCUGCACAUAUCAACAUCUUAGCGGACAAAUUAAUGACUCCAACAGAAGCGGUAUAUCGCCGUUUGUCAUUAGCUUCUACUGACGUCAACAACAUCAAACUCACAACUCCCUCCAUACGACUCUUGCAGCGGCUAUCUGAUCUUCGGCAAGGCACUGUUGGCGAAGUACCCCAGAGGUUGUCGACUACCGCACUAUUCAAUACCGCUGGUGUUGCCCAAAAUCUAGAUGACGACUUAGAAGCGAGGAUUAACACUUUGGGAAUCGAUGAGUCCGGCCUUCCAGAAUACCAGAGACGGAAGAAAGCUUGGAACGCACGUUCAAAACCAAGUCUUGCUGCAGGACACGAAGAAGUUGAUCAAGUUGCCCUUUUUGAUACUACAGGUGGUCUCCAGUGGAACUUUUACAACACCCGUGCGAAUCAAAAGCUUGGGUUUCCGCCUGAUCGAGUCAAUCAGGUGAGAUAUGUCGCUUGGGACUCUCCCAAGUAUAUAUAUACCGUUCUUGAGGCACUGGAUGCACAAACCAAAGGCGAGCGCUUGUUGGUAUACACAAACAACCCUUUAACAUCCCAAAUGGUGAAUGCUUUGCUCGUGGCUGCAGGUGUCCCUACCCUUCACUACAUGAGCCGGAACUCCCAAACAGAGCGCGACAAAGCCGUUGAAGCUUUUAAUGAUCCAGCUACACCUUACAUCUGCUUAGUGACGUCGCUUCAACUCUCAGCCUUCGGCGUGAACCUCCACAAGGCGUGUCAUCGCGGCUUGAUUCUAGAGCAACCAAUCAGCCAAGCAAUCCUUCUUCAAGCUCAAGGUCGACUCUGGCGUAUCGGACAAAAGCAUGAUGUCCAUUGGAAAAUCCUCUACUCCAGAGACUCCUUCGACUGCUACAUCGAGUCGCAUAAUCUUGAAAAGUACGCUACAACUCUUGCAGCUGAGAGUGGCAUUGAUCCUAGGAUCAAAGGCGAAGCAAGAGUCAUAUGCGCUUUCGAAAUCAUGCGACAACAUUUGGGCCAGUCUUGCUCCAGGUAUAGCCGGGCUCGUGUGGUAUGGAGUCAGAUGGACAGCCCUAAGCUAGAACACGAAGGUCUCUUCUAUUCUGCACUUGCACAAUACUUUUUCAACCACCCUGACAAGUCUGACUUGGUCGGGAAACAUAACAUCAAGGAGAUCGCCAAAGCAUGGAAAAUCGGCCAUGAGAUCACCUCAAGUAUGGCUGAAUCUCCAAUUCCUCUAGAAGAUGGAUUGGUUCUGGAAAGCUACGAAGAAGCAGAUGAUGAGGAUACUGCUCUUGGAAAGACCACUUCGCGAAAGGAAAAGGGUGAAAGGCAUGGCAAAGAGGCACUCACCAAGAAAGCAAGGGAAGUAAAGCUAUAUUAG